GGUCGUGAAAAAUGGCCGCGACCAGUGUACCCGCGUCGCGAGCAAAAACAUCCAAAGUGUGGGACCACUUCACCCUAAAUUCGUCAAAGACACGGAUCACUUGUUCGGUUUGCAAAAUGGACCUUGCUUAUCAUGGCAGCACGACUACGAUGCGGGAGCAUUUGAAGCGGAAGCAUUUCGGAUAUUUGGAGGAGUCUCUUUGUGCAAAGAAAAGCAAUAGCACAAACUAUGGCUUUCUGUUGGAGAGGCAACCGUGUACCCCACAGCAAGUCGCUGCCCACACUGACCAUGCUUUGGAUGGCUUUGUCCAAAUGGCUCCUCUGUGUUCCACUGAAACGGCGGAAAGAUGCACAGACAGCAUCUUGCACAUGAUAGUGAAAGACAUGCGGCCUCUGUCGAUGGUUGAAGAUGAAGGGUUCCAGGAAAUGAUCAAGGUGUUCAACCCAAAUUAUUCUCUCCCGUCAAAAGACAGUUUCAAGGAGAUGAUGGAGAGCGAGUACGAGGGAAGGAAAAUGGCGUUGAAGAGUAUUCUUCAGGGGGCGGCUGGUGUUGCCCUCACCACUGACGUGUGGACCAGUGUUCCUGCAGAGGCCUAUCUUGGGGUGAUGUGCCACUUUGUUGGAGAAGACUGGAGCAUGCAGUCGUACAGUCUGUCAACAACGCUGCUCGAGGACGGACAUACUGCUGAGAUCAUUGCAGAGUGGCUAGAGAGUGUUGUUGCCUCGUUUGACAUAUCACCUGACAAGAUCAACGCAGUUGUCCACGACAAUAGUGCGAACGUUGUCGCGGCAGUGAAGAUUUUGUCAGACAAGCAUGGAUGGACAUCAGUGGCAUGUGCAGGUCACACCCUGAACCUGGUGGUGGAGUGCGCGACGAGCGACAACCAAACAAUGACAACGUGCGUAGCUGCAGCAAGAGGUCUUGUGCAUCACUUCCGGGUGAGUGAGUUGGCCAGCAGCAAGCUGAGGGAUAAGCAGCAGAAAAUGGGCACGCCUCACCAAGCGCUUGUGUCCGAUGUAAGUUCUUGUUGGAACAGUACCUAUCUCAUGCUAGCCCGGCUGCUGGAGCAAAGAUGGCCCCUGACUGCCGCACUGUCUGACCUGGCAGUGGCACCAAAAGGUAGACCCGACCUGGAUCUCAAGCCUGAACAUUGGGCCGUUCUUGAGGAGUUUUGCCAGGCAGUUGAGCCGUUCGAUGGGGCUACAGUGAUUCUGAGAGGUCAUGAGUAUGUUACCCUGUCUGCUAUUCCACAUCUGGUGCAUAGCCUGGGCAAGUCCAUCCAGUCUCUAUCUUUUGACACCUCAGCAGUCCAGUUGUUCCAGACUCAGGUGAUGGAGCAAAUAAGUACAAGAUGGCAUGAACUCUCAGUUUUCCACGAUGACUUUCCAAAUAAAGCACUUCUUGCUGCUGCUCUGGACCCCCGGUUUAGAAAACUCAAAUUCUUGUCUCCUCAGGAAGCUUUCAAGGUCAAGAGCAUCGUUCAGUCCAUCGCAUUUGCUUUAAGUAAAGAGCUGAAGCAGAUCAAAUCCGACGAGACGGAGUCUGUCGUCACCACAGCAGUCCACACACCGAAACCAGGUGCCAAGUCAAGCUUCAUUGCUAAAGUGCUGGGACCUGACACCAGUGAUGAGGAAGAGGAGGAUGAGGAGCAAAAAAUGAACCAAACUGUGCAGAAUGAGGUUCUUGUGUACUUUGGGGAUCACCCCGCAGCAAAGCGAGAGGAUCCGCUGUCAUGGUGGAGAACGAAUGCCACUCGCUUCCCAACACUUUCCAAGCUUGCGCGGGUGUUCCUGUGUAUCCCAGCGACGUCGACACCAGCCGAGCUGCUAUUUUCUGCACCGGGGAACGUUGCCUCGAAGCUCCGAGCCGGUCUGAGCGCUGAGCAUGUUGACAUGCAGGUCUUUCUACACCACAAUCACAGGCUGAAGAAUCACAUAGGCGCGGAUUGUGUUCUGAAGGUGGAGUUAAACACUUAGUUACGCUAACAAGUUCAUGUUAAGUUGUGUUCCCAGAUCUGCCCAGCAUGUAAGUAUGUUGUGUGUUUUAUGUUCAAAUUUGCACUUUAGUUUCACUCUUGUUGUUCAUGUUUCCGUUCUGUUUUGUUCAUAAUAAUGUGUGACAUGAGGUGUCGUGUAACCAGACGACACACUCGUGUUAGGAGGUAUAUUGUGGCUUCAAUUGUCAAAGUCAUUUCCUUCAAAUGUGUUUCAUU